AGUCGGUCACCGUCCAGAUCUAAUACCACCACUCACACGUCCGACAGGAAAAGAGGAAGAAUGCCCGGAGAUCGAGACUGUUAUGUUCAGCAAAUGGGCUGUCGGAGCUGGAUACGGUCCUGUCCUCGAGCCUCGCGUCGUUUCCAGCCUAAAAAUUCUUCCGAUUCUGAAUCCGGUUUUUUCUGGACCGUCGUCCGGUAGUGAUCAUAUUAUUUGGAACAUGAUGUUCCACCCAUCUACUGCCAAGCGUGUUCGUGACGGUGUCGAGGAGCCGUUUGAAUCAUUUCGCUAUGAACCUGCUAGUUCUCCGCGUAUGUCGAUUUUCAAUGUCAUCUCGCCUUCGUUCCCGUGGAUACUGGAUCUUCGCUCGAAAGAUCCGAACGUAGGCGUCACCGUUGGUGAUGUUCUUUCCGAACUUUUCUUAUAUUUUCAAGUCGGCCUCAAUUCUGUCGAACUCGACAGGGUAUCUUCCCAAUAUCGGGCAUUGAUUGUGGAGGCGAACGGUGCGAGGCGAGGAUCCGUCUCUGAAGAGAAUUUCGGAUUACAGCUGCUCGAUUGGUUGUUGGGUAGUACCCAAUUUAUGGGUUUGUUGCGGGAUGCUAAAUAUAUCGAGGAGCGAAAUAUGCCUCUUUCACCCGACCUAUAUGUGGUGCUCACCGCGCCGGUCCACGGGGACUAGUUAGUAAAUCAGUUUAUUCCAUGUGGUUGCCAGUCGCACAAUCUGACUACUUAC